UAACGGCAUAUUUUCAAUACACACAUUUCAAAUAAUGGAUUCGGCAAGAUUGUUACAUAUAUUUGUACAUUUAAGUAUACCGGCUGUGAGUUUAAGCAGAUCAGGUUUCUGAGGCAUCUUUUCCACAUGGGGAGAAUCUAAAGGGAGGUAGGAGGAAGAGUGAGAUGGGGGAAGAGGAAUGGAAAAAAAAGGCACCACCUUACGAAACUCGUCUCGUGAGAGAAUUCAGGGUAGGAACCCGUUGCGUGCCUCUUUUAUUCGCAAAAUAAUCGUUUGAGGCUCCCGCCUAACACAACUUCAGUCGUUGACCACGUGCUUUCGCGUGAGGGAGUCUAUGUAAUCGUAUUCGCGAGUGUGUCGUGUCGUAUCCAUCGGAAAACGUCGUAUCGAGUUCUCUCUAACGUACGGGUAAUUUUGGUCGUUAGCUGCAAAUUAUUAGUUUCUACUAGUAUUCUUCAAUAUGUCUCAUCUUAGAUACUUUUCGAGUGUACCGAUCCACAUUGUAGAAAAUCAUGAUGAGGUCUUACCAUUCAUUUAUCGGUGCAUGGGAUCUAGACACCUUCCGUUUAAUGGGAAUACUUUUAUCCACCUUGAUUCUCAUCCAGACAUGCUUAUCCCAAAGUAUAUGCCAGCUGGAAAUGUAUGGGACAAGGAAAAGCUAUUUGCGGAUAUUAGUAUCGAAAACUGGAUUAUGCCAGCAGUAUAUGCUGGUCACUUCAGAUAUUUGAUCUGGGUAAAACCACCAUGGGCAAAGCAGUUAUCUGAUGGAGUAUUGGAAUUUUUCAUCGGUAAACAUAAAAGCAACGGUACUGUAAGGCUCACGUGCAGCGAAUCUUAUUUUCUCAGCGAGUGCCUAUAUGCUCCUUUCGAAGAUCUUGAGGAUGUUCGUGAGGUCACUCUACACACGAUAACCAUUGGCUCUUUCAUCGAAGAUCCUGGGAAGGCGGAUAAUAUUGGUGCGAUCAGUGCUGUCUUACGAAAGUACUUACAGGAGAAGGGCACACCAUAUAUUCUAGAUAUCGAUCUUGAUUUCUUCAGCACUAAGAACCCAUUCAAGGACAUCUACCCACUGGUUAAAAAUCUCUAUGAAAAACUGGGAGAUAUCUACUAUUUUGAAAAAGCCGACACAAAUGAUCCCUUGAUUUUGAAAGAGAUUACUCAGGCAAGAAGCGAACAACUCGAGGAAUUGGAAAAGCUUUUUAACCAUCUCCAAAAUCAUCACAAUCUAAAGGACUACGACGGAGAGAAGACAGGAAGAUAUGAAGCUGUAAAUCUCAUUUACGAGCAAGUAACAAAAGCAUACAAAGAUACAGAAAUCAAUUGGAAUUUAAUACACGAUGCUGGUUGCACUAUAGAUGACACCGAACUACCACAUCACGUUACUGCGCCACACGAUCUCCAACGUCUGAUAAACAUAACAUUUACAAACUUCUUAGAGGCUAUACCAGGAGAGCCAACCAUCGUUACUAUUUCGAGAUCUGUCGAAGACGACUAUUGUCCAUUAGAAGACAUCGAUACAAUUCAAGUGUCAGUUCUAAAUCAACUUGUUAAACACAUCAAAUCCCCCGUAGAUAUUCAAGAAAAUUAUGAAAAAAGUAAUUAAUGAUAAACUAUUAUGUCCAUACCACAUUAUAUAUUACAAACAUUAAUUUGU